GUCGUUUCAACAUCAUUCAGUCUUCAUGACACAGUGGGAGGCACAACUUUCAGCACUUACUGUUGGGACAGAAGACCGGUUUUUGUUUUGUUGGGUUUUUUUAAUGGUGCAAGGUUAUUGUCCGUGUCCAUGGCGUAAUGAGCGAAAAGGGGACCCUUUUGAAAAUAAAAAAAGGAAACAUUUAUGGUUUGGGACUGAUUAGGCGGAGAGGCGAGCUGGCUUACUUUGCUAGCAAGCUAAUCCAUUAGCUAUCUUAUCUUAGCUUAGCCCAGCUAACAUUACGAGGAUGCUUCGCUGGAUACGGCAACAGCUGGGCUUUGACCCUCCCCAUCAAAGUGACACCAGGACUGUUUACAUUGCAAACCGCUUCCCUCAGCAUGGCCAUUAUAUUCCCCAGAGAUUUGCAGAUAACAGAAUCAUAUCCUCCAAGUACACCAUAUGGAAUUUCAUUCCCAAGAACCUCUUCGAACAGUUCAGAAGAAUAGCCAAUUUCUACUUCCUUAUCAUCUUCCUCGUCCAGUUAAUGAUAGACACACCCACUUCCCCUGUGACAAGUGGACUUCCCCUAUUUUUUGUUAUCACAGUGACUGCCAUUAAACAGGGCUAUGAGGACUGGCUCAGACACAAAGCAGAUAAUGAAGUGAAUGGGGCCCCUGUGCUCGUGGUGCGCAGCGGCAGCCUGGUGCAGACCCGCUCCAAAAACAUACGAGUGGGAGACAUCGUAAGAGUAGCCAAAGAUGAGACAUUCCCCGCAGACCUUGUGCUGCUAUCGUCAGACCGAGCAGAGGGCACCUGCCAUAUCACCACUGCCAGCCUGGACGGCGAGACUAAUCUGAAGACUCACUUUGCCGUGCCAGAGACUGCCGUGUCUCAGUCUGUGUCGCGGCUGGAAACCCUGCAGGCCGUGGUGGAGUGCCAGCAGCCCGAGGCCGACUUAUACAGGUUUGUUGGGAGAAUAACGGUUACACACCAGGGAGAGGAGAUAGUGAGACCUCUAGGUCCAGAAAACCUCUUGCUUCGAGGAGCACGACUGAAAAACACCAAAGAGAUUUUUGGUGUGGCCGUAUACACAGGAAUGGAAUCAAAAAUGGCUCUGAAUUACAAGUGCAAGUCACAAAAGCGCUCAGCGGUAGAAAAGUCAAUGAAUACGUUUCUUAUCAUCUAUUUGGGCAUCCUGCUUUUCGAAGCCAUCCUCAGCACCAUUUUAAAGUACACCUGGCAGGCAGAGGCCAAGUGGGACGAGCCCUUCUACAACGAGAAGUCUGAGGUGGAACGCAACAGCAGCAAAAUUCUGAAGUUUAUCUCUGACUUCCUGGCCUUUCUGGUCCUCUACAAUUUCAUCAUCCCAAUUUCACUUUAUGUCACCGUGGAGAUGCAAAAGUUCUUAGGCUCUUUCUUCAUUGGCUGGGACCUGGACCUGUACCAUGAGGAGAGUGACCAAAGGGCCCAAGUCAACACCUCAGACCUCAAUGAAGAGCUGGGACAGGUGGAGUAUGUCUUUACUGACAAGACGGGCACUUUGACUGAAAAUGAGAUGCAAUUCCGGGAGUGCUCCAUCAACGGCAUCAAAUAUCAGGAGAUCAACGGCAAGCUUGUCCCUGAGGGAAUGACUGAAGACACUCCAGACAGCUCUGCUCCUCACCUGAGCAGGGAAGAGGAGCUGUUCCUGAAGGCCGUAUCACUGUGCCACACGGUACAGAUCAGCUAUGAUCAGCCAGACGGCCUUGGUGACCCCUUUUCCCACGCCAACGGCUUCACAUCGCAGAUGGAGUACUAUGCGUCCUCUCCUGACGAGAAGGCUCUGUUGGAAGCCACCAAAAGGAUGGGUGUGACUUUCACAGGAAUCAGUGGAGAAAACAUGGAGGUCAAAACAUUUGGGAAAUCAGAAAAGUAUAAACUCCUUCAUGUGUUGGAGUUUGAUCCAAACCGACGGCGGAUGAGUGUAAUACUGCAGAAUCCAUCAGGGGAGAGGGUAUUGUUCACUAAAGGGGCAGAGUCUGCUGUCCUUCCCUACGCUAAGAGUGGAGAGAUUGAGAAGACCAGGGUGCACGUGGACGAGUUUGCUCUGAAGGGCCUGCGGACACUGGUGGUGGCAUAUAGGCUCUUCAGCACAGAGGAGUAUAAGGAGGUGGCGCGUCGGCUCCACGAGGCACGCACCGCCCUGCAGCAGAGAGAGGAGCGGCUUGCCGACACCUUCAGCUUCAUCGAGAAGGACCUGGAGGUGCUGGGAGCCACUGGCGUGGAAGACAAGCUGCAGGAGAAGGUCCAGGAGACAAUCGAGGCCCUGCGGCUGGCGGGGAUCAAGGUCUGGGUGCUGACGGGUGAUAAGCACGAGACGGCGGUCAGUGUGAGUCUGUCCUGCGGCCACUUCCACCGCACCAUGAACAUCUUAGAGCUCGUGCAGCAGAAGACCGACCACGAGUGUGCCGAACAGCUGCGGAGGCUCUCCCGCCGGAUCAGAGAGGACCAUGUGAUUCAGCACGGGCUGGUGGUGGACGGGGCCAGUCUGAGUCUGGCUCUCCGUGAGCACGAGAAGCUCUUCAUGGAGGUGUGUAAGAACUGCUCCGCCGUGCUCUGCUGCCGGAUGGCGCCCCUGCAGAAGGCCAAGGUGGUGCGCUUACUUAAGACCUCCCCAGAGAAACCCAUUACUCUAGCCAUUGGGGAUGGCGCCAAUGAUGUCAGUAUGAUCCAAGAGGCCCAUGUUGGUAUAGGUAUCAUGGGGAAAGAGGGAAGGCAAGCUGUGCGAAACAGUGACUAUGCAAUCGCAAGGUUCAGAUUCCUUGCCAAAUUACUGCUCGUCCACGGCCACUUCUACUACAUUCGAAUAGCGACUCUAGUGCAGUACUUUUUCUACAAGAAUGUGUGCUUUAUCACACCCCAGUUUUUAUACCAGUUCUUCUGUCUGUUUUCACAACAAACCCUGUAUGACAGCGUGUAUCUGACGCUCUACAACAUCUGCUUCACCUCCCUCCCCAUCCUGGUCUACAGUCUCUUUGAGCAGCUGGUCCACCCACACGUGCUCCACAACAAACCAGCACUUUACCGAGAUAUCAGUAGGAACGCCAUUCUCUCCUUCAAAACCUUCCUGUACUGGACCACACUGGGCUUCUGCCAUGCCUUCAUUUUCUUUUUUGGCUCUUACAUCUUGAUGGGAGAGGACACCAGUCUGAUGGGAAAUGGACAGAUUUUGCGAGCUAACAGGCAGCUGAUGUUUGGGAACUGGACUUUCGGUACCUUGGUAUUCACCGUGAUGGUAAUUACUGUGACUUUGAAGCUGGCCCUGGAGACGCACUUCUGGACGUGGAUGAACCACUUUGUGACGUGGGGCUCCAUCGCCUUCUACUUCAUCUUCUCCUUGUUUUACGGCGGCAUCAUCUGGCCGUUCCUCCACACACAGGACAUGUACUUCGUCUUCGUCCAGCUGCUGUCCAGCGGUUCGGCCUGGUUCGCCAUCGUCCUCAUCGUCGUCAGCUGCUUGUUUCCCGACGUUGUCAAGAAAGUGUUCUACAGACACUUGCAGCCCACCAGCACCCAGAAGUCUCAGUUUAUUGAGGUCUACCAGGGCGUCGGCUGUAUGGACUCCAUGUGCUGCUUCUCGGAGGGCCAUAGUGGCUGUGCCAGGCUGGCCUGGCUGGUGGGGAGAUUGACGGGCCGCUGCGACCCUGCGCGGGCCACCAGGUGCGACCUCUCUCUCUCUCUCUCUAGCGUCCGCUGCAAGCACACCUCCUACAAACUGGAGACAAAAGACGAAGCCAGCUGGAAGAACUGAGGCCUUCGUAAAGCCUCUCUUGCACCUCUGUCACAGGGCAACGGUGUGUCGGGAGUCUGAAGUGGGGCAUGCUCAGUUGCCUUUAAUAGAACAAUAGGUUGUGCACUAGAGUGAAUUUUUUUUUCAUUUUUAUUUUUUUUAUAUACAUUUUUCCCAGCUCCGGAAGGUCCAUAUGAGGCACUUUAGAAGUCUUUCCCCAGCAAUCUCUAAAGCCAUGAGGUUAACGUAAUCUCAUCUGUCCUUCAGAUCUGUCUUUUUGUCUUUUCUUCUCUAAGCUGUGCGUCUUUGGCAUGUUCUUUGUGUGGCUCUGAAUGUGUGUCGCAGAAAGACUCUAUACUUGGUUUAAGGUCCCCUGUGGCCCUCGUCUGCGUUAACUAGCACUCAGCACUGCAUGUCCGGCGUGCUUGUACAGUCUUAUAAAGACGUGAAAUGUAAAGUGUUUUUUGUAAAGGAUAUUCACGUUGAACGUCGAACCCAAGGAGUCACCUGUGAAGCGUCGUUUAGUGUUUCAGAAAUCGUCUUAGUUGAUCACAGUCUUGUCUUCAUCUAACCAGAGUAAAUUGGCGUGUGUGGGCAUGCGCGCGCGUGUGUUUGUCUCUCAGUGAACACAGUUAUUGACAGCAUGCAGUUGUAAUGCACUAGGAAGCCACUGCUCCCCAAGACCUUUCCUAGCCUGUGCACCUUGGGAAGCCUCUCCGGUGUCCAAAAGCUGUGAGAAAAGCACUCAGUUCUCUUAACGCUAGAACACUGCCACCCCAGCAGAGGGCGAGAGCGAGCCCCACUCUGCCGCAUGCAUGCCUGCUUGCAGUGGGGCUUCACUGCAGUAACCACAGCCAAAUAUAAAAAGGGACCAGAUCAUGGACGAGAGGAGACACUGGAACUGUAGAACUGUGCUCUCUAAAAGGAUACUUCAGUAUCUUUUACCUUUUUAUUUUCCUUCAAGCUCGAAGCCUUACUGACGAUAAAAGGAAAAUGUUUCAAGUGCUGCCUUUUGUUUUUUGUUUUUUGUUUUUUUUGUAUGCUUCAUGAUCAGUAAGCAAGUGCAUUGAGAGAGCGUGUGUCUGUGUGAGCAUAUCUGCAUGUGUGUGUGUGUGUGUGUGUUUCUGUAUUUGUGUGUAAUCUGUUUCCACUGUCUUAUCUGUAGACGCAUUACAUUGCUGCUCUUGAUUUUCACGUUUUUGGACUGCAUGAAACAAACCUGGGUGUCUGUGCACCAGUGACCAUCCACUGGUCCAGUGGUGUAUUCCCAGUGUCUUUUACAUGGACAGUCAUGGUCUGUUACAUUAAUGGUAAACUAGAGUACCGUUCACUUUGACCUGUGUGGCUUUAAGCCAGUGAGCCGCAUCCAUGCUCCACGUAUUCUCAAAUAGCCCUCAUAUAACCGUAUCUAGCCUCCGUUGUAUGAAACAUUAUUGACUGCGUAAAGCCUUGAUCUUAAAACGGUUGUCCUCGUCUGAGAGAUACAUUAUCUGUGCAUGUUUGAAUUGCCUCCUCACCUAACAAUGACUAUACCCGAAGGUGAUGACGCCUGUUAUUGUAUUCAUCAUUGUAUCCUUGAUCUUUUUCUGCCUGCUGCAUGUGUCUAAAUAUGAUAUGACUAUGUUCAGGUUUGAAGAAGUAAAGUUUGGUGCCGAUUCUUACACACCCCCUGGUGGUAGUGACCAUAGCUUUCAUCAAGAGGUCUAUUGCCUCUGUUCUGUAUAGGAGCUCUCAUUUUGAAGGGCAAUCCAGUCACCCUCUAUUUACAGAAAUGCUAUAGAUUUUAUAGUAACCCUGUAUCUGCUUUAGAUAUUUUUCUAUGAGCUGUAAAAUAAUACGACUUCGUUUUUUAACCUGCACUUAUCUAUUGUACUGUGUAUAUACUCUUUUUAAUGUGUUUGCAUCAGUAUUUUAUGUAAAACAAAGGCUGAAACAGAGUGUGAGUAAACAUGAAUACCAAGGAAGGCAGCUUGUUUUCCAUGUCCUCUAACCAGCUACAUUAGCUCCUGCCCCACUAACACGCCAUCAUUCUCACCACGUUGGCUCCUCCCACACCAGCACGCCAUCAUUCUCACGCCUCCAUCGCCUGUGCCUCAUACUAUUUGCUGCUGUGUGCCUUCUGCAUGGAAAGAGUGUCGCAAGUGUAGUUUUCAGGAUGUUCAGUUAUAUGCAAAAUAAUAGCAGUGUUUAACACUGAGAAAAAGCUCAAUCCUCAUGACAGCAUUUAUUUCCAUAUACACAAAGGCACUGGGAACACUGCACAUUCGAUUCCAAAGGAAAACAUGAAGGAAAUAUCAAUUUUUAAACCGAAAAUGAUAAAAAGAAUAAUGGGCUGUUCAAAAAAAUAGCAGUCUUCAUUUUC